UAUUUUGAUACGUGCCGGGAUAACCGGGUUUGUGACGAUCGCUCGAGUUGUGAGAUUACGGUGUGAUUCUUAUUCGGUAGAGCAGAAGUGUCGAUCAUCCACUGGACUGCAAUGGAGGAAAUGCAAUUGACACAGACGAUGGAAGCAAGUUCUGCUAGUGCAGCAACGAACAAUACGCUUUCUUUCGGGAACGGAAUGCGAACCGUGUCAUAUUCAAACGCACCACCGAACACCGCGUCAACCUGCCCUGCCGGGGUGUCCCUGCAAAGGAAUCGAACCUCCUCGCAGAGUAUGAACGGUAGUGAUAAUGGCUGUGACAGCAUGACAUCCACGAGUCAGCCGGAUGGAGCUGCAAUGGAGCGGACUCGUUACAACACGCGCCAACAGGUUCCGGUAAAAUCGAACGCCGGCGUUCCAACGACAAGAUUGCCACGGGCAGCCACAACGCUGUGGGCGCUAAUCGAGUGGGUGCGGCCUAACGGAAAGCGGAACAUCUACACCGUGAUUCCGUCGACGCAGAUUGUCGAACGUGUGCCGGAUGAUGGCAACCGUGGCCAUGAUACGCCGAAUGAUUCAAAUUAUUACACGGGAAAAUUCAUCCACGUCCAAUGUGGGGAACGUGAGCUGCCCGCCACGAUCGUUAUGGUUUCCGAGGACAAGAAAUUCAUCGACACAGAACUGCGGCAGCUACGAAAUAUGACUGCGCAUACCACAAAAGCAAUCCCGAAAAUGCAACAAGCAGUAAGAGUACCGAACUUUGGCGUUGAUCAGGAUCAGACCCAAAAACAGCAUUAUAGCACGAAACAACCCAACGAAAUGGAUCGGGUAGCGCAGUUUCCGGAACGAAAACAAAGUGUUGCGAUGCAAUCGCACGUGGAAAGGCAGGAAACGCUUCCAGCCAUCAAGAGGUUUCGCACCGAUUCUUCAUCCAGCGUGGCGGAUCGCGUUUCUAUAUCUCCGAGUUCGAUCGAGAGGACUGCCGUCGGAACGGACACUAGGUCGGUAACGCCCGCGGAACGACUGAUCACUCCACGAAGCGAUCGAAUGGCGCCCUCGCAUCACGUUCUUCCGAUGACGUUCGAUCAGCAAACGCAAACGGUCGGUUUGGGCAUCGCGGGGAGUGGCACGGAGGUGCAGCUGGAUAAAAUUCUAUCGUACCUGGAAAGUGUGAUGGCGGAGCAGAAAACUUCACGGAUGGAGCGUGAAUACGACCGGAAGCUGCUGCUCGAUCUACACGAGAAGCUGAUCGGACAGGAGACUCUGUUAAGGGGAAUCGAAGAGAAGAUCUCGGAGAAAGAAAACCGGCACACUGGGGAGGAUAACACGCCGGGAUAUGUGGAAGAAGUAGAGCUGAUUGACCGUUGCCCCAUGGCGCAGGAUAUACAUAGUGAUGGGUUUAUUGACACUUCGAUGGUCCUGACGGAUGCUAAUGGUGACCACAACUGGAUGCCCCCGGGGGACGUACGCAAGAAGAAUGGAAAUACCAUACCGGAGGGCAACGAUGAGCGCAACGGUUACGUCGUACUGGUAUCCACGGAAACAUCAUCGUCGGACAGCGGAAAAAUUAACAACCACAACGACGAUGCGUCAUCGUUACCCGCAGUCCCGCAAAAGUUUCCACCGACCGAAAAUUCCCAAACGAUUGAUGAGCUAAAGAGUGAAUGGGAUGAUACAUCAGGCGACGACCAGAGUCUAUUACCACCGGCGACUACGGACUCUUCCGACUCUCCGAAGGGGCAAAAAGGAAUGGUGUCGAUCGGUGCGCAAGGUACACGCAUCAAGCAGGAAGCGCUGCAGAUGAUCAACUGGUCGAACUACAAAAGUGCCACACGGAAGCUGCUGAUGGAAGUGUUCGGCCGGGAAAAGUUGGCAACGCACUCGCUUAGCGGACGACCAUCGCCUGCGUUGCGCAGUAAUACGGAAAAACCAAUCAAGGAUCGGCUGGAGGCAAAUAUGGUGGCGGACGUAAUCGAGAUCGUGACGAAGAUGUGCAACGUAGAUGAGUGUCUGAUCCGCAAUGUCAUUACGGCCAAGUGUGCCGACGAGUGCCGGAUGCGGAAUCGACGGUCGAAAAUGAUGGAAACGGCGCUUCUUUCAGCUGCAAAAGUGGAGCAAACGGGUAAUGUCCUUGCUGUUCUAGCUGGCAACAAAGAAAAUAUCCGCUAGCUAGACCAUGGCAAACAAAUGCAGGUUUAGUAUAUUUUAAGAUACCUUACCUCAUUUUUGUAAUUUAUUCUUCUUCAACAACGUUACCAUGCUUACCAACAUAAAUGCCUGUGCCAUACUCUCAAGACG